CGGGUCUGUCUCGGUCUCUCAGAGCCGCACGCUCCGUGGAGCUCCAGCCACUGCCGUCGCCUCGGCAGCGGCUCUCCAGCCCGGCGGCUCAGCAUCGGCCCCUCAGCGCCGCGUCCCAGGCCACCUCCCUCUCAUCCGCCACUCCCCUUUCCUUUCCCGCCCUUCUCUCCCACACGGUCCUCGGAGAGAGCCUGGAUACGAAGCAGGCGGACGUGAGAAGGGGGUUGGAAAAAUGGAGGUGCCGCGCCUGGAUCAUGCCCUCAACAGCCCCACCAGCCCCUGUGAGGAGGUGAUCAAAAACCUCAGCCUGGAGGCCAUUCAGCUGUGCGACCGAGAUGUGAAGGGGCAGAAGAGUGCGUUUCAGCACCAAGGACAGCCACAAGGGAACAAAUCACAGGACAGUGGCAUUGCAGAGAUGGAGGAACUUCCUGUGCCACACAACAUCAAAAUAAGCAACAUCACCUGCGACUCAUUCAAGAUUUCAUGGGAAAUGGAUUCAAAGUCAAAGGACCGUAUUACACACUAUUUCAUUGACCUCAAUAAGAAAGAGAACAAGAACUCCAAUAAAUUUAAACACAAGGAUGUUCCAACAAAACUGGUGGCAAAAGCUGUUCCCUUGCCGAUGACUGUCCGUGGACACUGGUUUUUGAGCCCAAGAACUGAGUAUACAGUAGCAGUGCAGACUGCCUCAAAACAAGUUGAUGGUGAUUAUGUUGUGUCUGAAUGGAGUGAAAUUAUAGAAUUCUGCACAGCAGACUAUUCAAAAGUCCAUCUAACACAACUGUUGGAGAAGGCCGAAGUGAUUGCAGGACGGAUGCUCAAAUUUUCUGUUUUUUAUCGUAACCAGCACAAAGAAUAUUUUGACUACAUUCGAGAACAUCAUGGGAAUGCUAUGCAGCCCUCUGUCAAGGACAACAGUGGCAGCCAUGGCUCUCCUAUCAGUGGAAAAUUAGAAGGCAUCUUCUUUAGCUGCAGCACUGAAUUCAAUACUGGGAAGCCACCCCAGGAUUCGCCUUAUGGAAGAUACAGGUUUGAGAUUGCAGCAGAAAAACUUUUUAACCCCAAUACUAACUUAUACUUUGGGGACUUCUACUGUAUGUACACUGCUUAUCAUUAUGUGAUUCUGGUCAUUGCUCCUGUGGGGUCACCAGGAGAUGAAUUUUGUAAGCAGCGCCUUCCUCAACUAAAUUCCCAGGAUAAUAAAUUUCUGACCUGCAGAGAAGAAGAUGGGAUGCUGGUUUACCAUCAUGCCCAGGAUGUCAUUUUAGAAGUCAUUUACACUGACCCCGUGGAUCUUUCUCUAGGCACCGUGGCAGAAAUCACUGGUCAUCAGCUCAUGAGUUUAUCUACUGCAAAUGCAAAGAAAGAUCCCAGCUGCAAAACCUGUAAUAUUAGUGUUGGACGUUAAUGCCCACUUUUCUUAUUCUCAGUCCCCCUUUCUUCCCGUGGGAGCCCUGAUCCUCUGUUGUCCAUUUUCAUCACCCAGAUGUUUUCCACUGAAGCAUGCACAUGCCACUGUCACCAAGAGCAAGCCAUCACUUCUCAGAUUUCCGAGCUGUUGUAGUGUUUCCUAGUCCCUGCCCUUCCCACGACUUUGAGAGAUGAACUGUCCUAAGUUGUUUCUGACACCCUCUUGCCUAGAUGCUGCAAUGUUUUUAUUUUUCCUUUAUGCCAAACAUAACCAAACUAUUAUAUAAACUGCUUUAGUAAAAUACAAAAUAAUGGCUUAUAAAUGGUGUUUAAAUAUGCUCUCAUUUUAAUCUACUGAACAAAUAUUGGGAUAACUCCAAACCGCAUGAAAAAGUGUAAUUGCAGCAUGAGUUAAACCUUGAAGCCUAGAAUUGUCAGCACUUCCAACUUGUUGUUUGACAGUGUUAUUUAUGUUAUUUAUAUUAGCUAACAGGAAACAACUACUGUGUUUCAACAUAAUAAAUAUAAUAGAAAAAUA